AUGGAAUCGCCAUAUCAUCAACACUCUUACUGCACUGCACUGCCCUACGACUGCCCCUUUCCAAGUCGUUCUACAAAGACGUUGUUAUUAAUGUUUGACUUAUCCAAAUACCCUCAGAUCAUUCCAAAUCUGAGCUCUUCACGCCACAGCCUCGCCACCUUUGUGUAUCGGCACUUUUCGAAUCGUCCAGUGCCACUUUCUGCAAGAUUCGUGCAUUCUACCACGGCUGAAUACAACUUUAUCGUGGAGAUCUGGGAACCAGAGUUUUAUGUAAUAAGAGCCGAAUUCCCCAUUCUCUUCCUUCACACAUGCACAUCAGCUCAAUCAUCUCUCUGGACCUCUCUCAAACAAAACACACAAUCUAUACUAAAGGAAUUUGCAUACACAAGGCUCAGAGCUUCUCUCAUCUGUUCCAAGCCCCCAGACCAUGAACAAACACAAUCGUGUUGA